AGGGGCCCAGCCUGCAGGACGCCAUGGCCCAGGGCGAGGAGGGCGGCGACGGCCCCGCGCCGGAGCUGGGCGGCGGGCCGCAGGCGCAGGCCGGCGUGAUGGACAUGGUGAGCACCACGGGCAUCGAGGUCAUGACCGAGGUGGUCACCGAAGCCGCCAUAGGGGAGGCCCACGGCCUGAUGAUCUGCUACGACGGCUCCAUCAGAGCUUGGGGGUACAACCGGCAGAAGCAGGCCAUCGGCGAGGAGUCGGAGGAGACGUUUGUGAAGCCGCAGGCCGUCGACGAUCUGCCAGAGGGCUUCAAGGGCCACAGCCUCGCGGUCGGGGGCGCGCAGAGCUACGCCAUCAUGAAGCCCCCGGGCACGUGA